CCACAAGUCGUUUAGUGGUUUGUUUAUGAUGUCUUCUCCAUCUUUGGGUAAGGCAGGUACUUAGAUACCUAGACAGGUAUCCGUACUCUGUGUCCAUACCCAGAAACCCAUUGGAAUGUCACUCCUACAGUGUGUCCCGGUGGGCUCCGCUGGCUUCGGUGAAGCGAGUCGCUCCACUCAGACGCUCUGACCAUCGCUGAAGUCGCUCAGCGGGAUAGCCGUGCCCGCCGUUUGGAGAUGGGACCGGAAAUAAUACGUCGUCAUGUUUUAUUCAACAUUCCACCUGAAGCCGCUUUCGGCACGCAAAAAAACACACCGUCUGUCGUAGCCGAAAUGCCCGCUUCUUCGAUCAAACCGCUCCCGUCUGGCUGAGGAAGGCGAUGCCACGGCCCGAUUUCCCCCUGCAAUCCGUCACGGCCCUGUACGAACCGAGCCUGCGAAAAAGACCACGACGAAGAGCACGAUGCAAAACGGCAGCAUUCGCGAGCACGACGCCACAAUAGGGCACGACAAGAACGACGUCCUUGAUGACGGGCUAGUCGACAAUAACGAGCGGAGAGGCACCUUCGGCAGCCCUUCGUUGACGGGACGAAGAGCGAACACCAAUGCGUCACGCACGAGGUCGAUCGAGCACGGCGUGCCCGACGACCACGAGACCCUCGACGGAACGUGUGCGGACCCUGUCGGCCACAGCCCCAGCAAGAACCAGCCGGGCAAGGGUCAGAGUCUGGAGGAUAUCCGGUCGGAUGUGGGACGAGGCCGCCGCCCGUCUGAUUUGGAGAUGAUGCAGGACGACCGACGGGACGAGCGGGACGGGACGACCGAGACACCGCAGCCGCCGGCCGGGCCCGCGACGCACGUCUCGAAUCUAGCGAGCCAGGUCUACACGCUCUCAUACCUCGUCUUCUUCGCCAUCCUCGGCACCCUCGCCCGCCUGGGCGUCCAGGCGCUGACGACCUACCCUGGCGCGCCCGUGUCCUUUGGCGUCCUCUGGGCCAACGUCGGCGGCAGCUUAAUCAUGGGCUUUCUUGCCGAGGACCGGAAGCUGUUCAAGCAGGAAUGGGGCGCGGCGAUGUACCACGACCAGGUCCGCGGGGCGCGGCGACAGUCAGAUGUCUUCAACAGCGGCGGUGGCGCGGUGGCCGACCUGGCGGCUGCGAAGAAGGCCCAUCUCGCGAUCAAGAAGACAAUCCCCCUGUACAUUGGCCUUGCCACGGGCUUCUGCGGCUCCUUCACGUCCUUCUCAUCCUUUAUCCGCGACGUCUUCCUCGCGGUGAGCAACGACCUACCAGGCGCGGACCGCGCGGCGCCCGAAGCGCGAGGCGGCGGGGACUCUUUCAUGGCGGCGCUCGCCGUCACUUUCACCACCGUGGCCCUCUCGCUCUCGGCGCUGAUCGCCGGUGCCCACCUCGCGACGGCUCUCGAACCGAUCACACCGUCCCUCUCGUCCUCGCGCGGGCGCGGCCCGCUCAACCACGCCGCCGUGGUCCUCGGCUGGGGCGCCUGGCUCGGCGCGGUGCUCCUCGCCGUCUUUCCCCCGCGCGACGCCUGGCGCGGCCAGGCCGUAUUCUCGCUCGUCUUCGCGCCGCUGGGCUGCGUCGCGCGGUUCUACGUGAGCCUGUGGCUUAACUCGCGGGCACCAGCGUUCCCGCUGGGCACGUUCGCGGUCAACGUCACGGGCGCCGCGGUGCUCGGCGCGUGUUGGAACCUGGGGCACGCGGAGAUCGGGGGCGUGGUCGGGUGCCAGGUGCUGCAGGGCGUCGAGGACGGGUUCUGCGGUUGUCUGACGACGGUGUCAACGUGGGUGGCCGAGCUGACGGUGCUGAGGAGGCGGCACGCGUAUGUGUACGGCGUGUCGAGCGUGGUUGCGGGGUUUGCGGUGCUGGUGGUGAUCAUGGGGACAAUGCGGUGGACGGAAGGGUUUGGGCCGUUGAUGUGUAUCCAUUAAAUCCGCCCCCGGACUUUUAUCCUGGACAUGUUAAUUGGGAUCCUUCUGACUGUGAUACUAUCACAAGUGCACAUGUAGCUGUAAGAACGAAAGAGCCAACGUGUAGUUGCGAGAAUCCUCGGAAGGCCUUUUCCAGUAUGCGCCAUGGACGCCGUGCAGCGCCUCAACAAGCUCAACUUCCC